AUGGAAAGAAAUCAAGCAGCUCUCCAGGAAGGACAUGAAUUAGAGAGUGACGCUACGCAUUCAGCCCAUGGCAACACCAGGAGUAGAUGUUCCAGAUCUGGUUCUAGAAGGAUAAACCAGAUACAGGAUGCUAUGCUCCGACAAGAGGCUGCAGCCCAAAGGAGCCAGGAUACUCUAAAUAACAUGACAUCCAUGAUGCACUAG